AUGGCGCAUUUCCCCUAUACGCGCCUCCUCAUUGGAGAGAACAACGCCAUUGCAACAGUAGGACACCACUUCCAUGUCCUGAACGUCUACACUGGCGAGAUCAUCCAUUCAACAACCAAACUUGACGAGGAUGCUCAGGAGAAGUUGUUGAAGUCAGGACCGAUCCGCUGCGUUGCGGUGGACUCGGGAUUUGCGCAUCUCAUCACUACUGGGGACGACAAGCGCUUGAAAGUCUGGCACAUAGGGGGUUCUCUUGAGCUGUUGAGCGAGCGAGAACUACCAAAAAAGCCCACGGAGAUAGGGUUCACUCCUGACGGCCAGACGGUCGUUAUAAGCGAUAAAUUCGGCGAUGUAUUCAGCUAUCCACUACAACCGGACCCUUCUCCCGCCCCUUCAACAAGUCAAGCCGGCGCGUCAAAACGCGGUUCCCUGACCGCUCACGAGAACCCUUCAAACGGAACGCUGAUCCUGGGUCAUGCGUCGAUGCUCACCACAUACCUGCUCACGCCGGAUGGGAAAUACAUCUUGACUGCCGAUCGGGACGAACACAUCCGCGUCAGCUGGUUCCCCAAAGGCUAUGUCAUCGAGCGAUAUUGCCUAGGCCAGGAAAAAUUCGUGUCGGCAUUGCACAUACCGUCUUUUGACCCGUCAUUGCUGGUGUCCGGAGGCGGAGACCCGACUUUGAAGUUCUGGGACUGGAUGUCUGGCAAGCUCACCGGCGAGGUAUCUAUCUUCGAUGCCGUUAAACCCCACAUCAAGGUCAAGGCACCGAAAUGGCGUCACGGCUGGAAUGACGGCGAGGGCGAGGACGGCCCGUCUGAAAGCAAGGCGAAGGGCAAGGGAAAAGGAAAGCGGCGGGGAAAGGGCAAGAAAGGGACUGCGGAUACUCCAGAGGAGACGGCGGAGGCAGACCAACAAGCAGAGGGCGGGUCGGGCGACCAUACUGAGGCGCCACCCGCAAUAUCAACGGAGGACGUACAUAUGACGGAGGCGAGCGCGCCUACACCCGUGUCCAGCGCCCCACAAGCCACGCCGGGUGUGUCAGAAGACUCGCAACUUGUCUUUGCUGUCCACAGGAUCCAAUCCGUCGAUCGUGGCGAGCACGGCCGUUUCGUCGUUCUGAGCGUUAUCGGUGCUACUGCCGUAUUCUACGCCCCCAUCCCUGCCGAGGGCGAGACACUACCCGCUUCUGCGGUCCGGUCCGUGGUCUUCGGAAAGCCCGUAAUCGACUUCACCGUGGCUCGGGAUGGAAACGUCUGGGCACUACUCGACGCGGAGUGGGAGACCACUCCGGAGGCACCGCCAACGGAACAGACGUCUCCCAUCCGUCUGCUAGCAUGGCAAGACGCCACGCUGACCGAGUCCCCUGGCGUCCAAACGCCGCUUCUCACCGCGCUCAACUCAAAAUCUCUCCCUCCCGCGACCGCGGCGCAGCUCAAGGCGCUCGACCUCUACGCGGGGCUCUCGGCGCUGCCCAAGAACGUCGACCCGGAGCACGACCCGCUCAUCCGCGACACGCUGUCCGAGGUGGCGGCCGCCCCCGUAGAAGGCGCGGACGGCAAGCAGCUCACGCAGCGCGAGCUCGGGAGGCUAAGGAAGAAGAAGGCUCUGUUGGCGAAGAUCCAGGAGCAGGAACAGAAGGCACCGGCGAGUCGAGAGGGGACGGCGGAGGCGGAGCGGGAGGUCAAAAGGGCGCGGUCGGAGAGCGCCGCCGAGGAGCCUGCGACUGCGGUUGCGGAGACGGAGGCGCGGGAUGUUGAGAUGAACGCCUCUUGA